CGCAAAGUCCCAAAUCCCACGAAAGCCAGUACGUUGUUAGCGACACCACCUCGCCGGCACCUCGCGUACUGUCUGGUGCAGGCAAUAUUGAAUUCCAAUACUUCCGACUGAACCUCACGCGUCCGACAAUCUUGAGCAACCCUUGCGAACACUUUUCCCCCUCCGCUCAUUUGCGACCCGAUCAACAACAAACGAUACCUGCAGACACGAAAGACACUUUUCAGCAAGGGGGAGUAAAAUUGGAGAGCUUCGAUAAACGCGCGUUUAGAUUCUGAUGCAAUCGAAGAAUCGACUCAUUGAUACUUACACAUUCACGAUUACCUUUUGCCGGAGGCCGGUUGCACUGACCUGUCCGGUGCCAAUAUGGCUGAAGUAAACGGGGAAGUGAAUGGAGAGGCGAAGAUGGAAGAUGUCGUUUCUAACAAUUCUACCUCACACCUUGGAAAACGGAAGCGUACAGAAACUCCAGAACCCACGCAUCCACCCGCCAACACAAAACAAUUCUCAUUGCAAGCUGUGCUGAAGGACACUCUGCUAUUGAUUCGGAAGCACGAUACAACUCCUUCGUUACUGAAAUUCCCCAUACCAACAACCGAUCCGGAAGCCCCAGACCUUAAGAGAGCGCGUCUCGCCAAAGUCGAAUCCACUAAUGAGACCAUCGAAGAGAGAAUUCUCGCAGGUGUCUACACGUCUUUUGACGCACUCAAACAAGAUGUCAACAUUGUGAAGGCUGCGCUGCUCGAUGAUGUCUCCACCUCAAACGGGAACGGAGACUCAGAAGUCCACUCAUCGUCCAACCUACAAGAACAGCUGGACGCGGUUUUGGAAUUGUUGUCAAAAUGCGACAGAGACAAGUCGAAGGACGCGAACGGCGUUACAAUCAAGACAGAAUCUGAAGAGUUGGCAAAAGCAAUACCGAUCACUCAAGCACCGAAACAUGUCAUCUCUUUACGCAGCUAUAUUCCCGGAGUCACCCCAGCACAAAGCACUUCUAGCGUAUUGUUCUCAGGACUGGAACUGAAUCAGCAGAAAGACGAAAUCGAUGAAUCUAUACUCCCAAAUGGAAUCCAGCUGACCGACUACACGACUGUUGGAAAUAACGAUGUCAAACCCAAGCGGAACGCAAAGGUCUUUGGCGAGUUUGGCCGACCACCGAAUCAAUACGCGAAGCUCCAAGCGCCACAGCCUGCCUCUAACAGAGCUUUUGGUACUACUACUCUCAAUUUCACACCAUAUCUCCCACGCGCCAAUACAAACCUCCCGAUAAACGGAGAUUUCAAGUUGACGAACUUAGGCACUGGCUCCUGGCUCUCCUAUGGCUCUGGAGACGCUCGCAACCAAAGUCAACCCAAACGCAAGCAAGAAGAAACCGAUGGAUUGUUUACCUCGGCGUACACAUCCUUUGCUCCUAAUAAAGACAAUUCGACUGUCAGAGGAUACCUGAUACCCGAACAAGACAGAAGUCGCUUCUGGUGGCACAAGUACGGCAGGCAGAAGAUGAGCAGAAUAUUCAAAACGCAAGACUCUGAAGAACUGGCCAAUACAGCUGUCGCUGCUGAGGACGAGUUUGCAGAUUUGCCUGAUGUCAUUGCCAAUUUCGAGCCCGAGCCGUUGGACGAUGCCUCAGGUGACGCUGAGGAUCCGGAUGCGGAUGCGCUGCUCGAAGAAAUCUCUGGCCUCAUUGAGUCUCUGACUUCGUACCAGCGAAAUCGUAUGCUCGAAUUGAAGGUCAACCCUAAUAACCCAUAUUCGGUCAACAUGCCCCAACCGAGUGAUGGGGAAUUUGAUGUGUUUGGGAUGCUACGGGAUCAACUCAAGAUACUGAUUUCGUCGUUACCGCCUUUUGCGGUGGCCAAAUUGAACGGUGAUCAACUCGAGGACUUGAACAUUUCAACCAAAAUUUUGGUCGAACCGCCCGACCAGCCAGGCACGGCUCGGUCGACGAUCGAAGACUGGAGGACACAAGCGGCACGACAACCUACUGCGGCUCCUACUCCUGUUGCUCGUACUGCCAUCCCUCAAGGUAUACCCCGUGCCUAUCCUCAAGGGAACGUAACCCAAACCCCAUACAACACACAGGCUCGUACGUACAAUGCGUCGGUCCCUCCCAUGACCGGCUAUGGCAUGAGAACAGCAACCCAGAACUAUCAGACCCCUGCUGCAGCACCGCGGCCCGCAUACUCGCAAACGCCCUACCACCAGCCAGCCAACACCCCUUACACCAACCGUGCCACCAUCCAGCAAGUUCAGCGUAAUAUGGCAAAUGGCUACGGCAAUUACAGCAGCGCUGGACCUGGAGCAGUGCAACCUCCUCAGACCCCCGCUUAUGGUCCACGUCCUGGUCAACCAGGGUACCAACAACGACCACCCCAGGACAAUUCUCUUCUUGCGAUGACGGGACAUUCGGCGGCAUCCCCUCAAAAGGCCCCCUUGACCAACGGGCAGAGUUUCCCGCCGAGACAAUAUCCAGGACCGCAGCAGCCUCAAACACCAUAUCAGAUGCCGAGACAGCCGUCAGGAACGCCCGGCUUACCGAGUGCGACGCCGUCAAUUCCGGGGCCAGGUGCAGCAACAAGUUAUGGGAGGUUCUCGAACACGCCGGACCGAGCCAGUAGCGAGGCGAGUGCUUCUGCUGCGGCGACCACAGCGGCCGCUGGUAUUACUGGUCAAACGGUGGAAGUUUCUCGUUGAAAUUGUUUAAUCUGCUAGUACUAAUGCAAGCACGGGCUACAUCAGAAGUCUUUUCUCUUUCGAGUUGGAUUGAGGGCAUCAUGUUUACCAGAAAGAGACUGACUAUGGUAAAAAGAACAAAUAUUCAUUCAUGUAUGACUAUGAGAGGCUUUUAUUGGAACAAUUUUUCUUUCCCAAGAGGCUCGAGUCGUCCCAUGGACUGACGACAUAUUUGGAGAACCAGUGAGCCCGUUGUUGUGAGCGUACAUACUCCGUAGGAUAGAAAGAGUCUUUGGACUCGGUUUGCUUCAUACAGCCGACAGGAGAAGGGAACCCCAGUUUGCACCCUUACAUAACUCUUCUUUUUGUGCGUGUGGCU